AAAAUAUCCGCAACAUACAUGUUUUCACACCGAAUCAUCAAUUAUUGGAACCUAUAACCAGAAGCAGUGGUGUCCGCACCUCAAUUGACUUAUUCGAGAGAAGACUAGACAUUUAUAGAAGCAUACUAGAAAAGAAAUAACAUAGGCCGUUGGCCUUCUGUCAUUAGCAUACAAAUCUGAAUCUUUAAACCUCAAGGACUGAAGUUUACACUCGAAGGUCUGCGCUGCGCGCUGUGUUUGCAUUAACUUUUAAUUGACUUCGUAUUUUCGUUAUAUGUUAACAACACUAGAUCCCCCUUGUGUCUGGAAUAGAAACGUCAAGGUUUCUGAAGUAUAAUAAAUUUAUCGUUCAACUUCUUUGGGCAUGCUGACUGCCUCUUUGGCACCGACUUCUAACAUCCCUAUAAUCAGUGAAAACGGAAAUCUACGUUCACGAUCAACAUCUCAGCGCCUUCGAGGCGAUCGUUCUAGAACUGGCUGUAGUCAUUCAAAACUGUCAGCUCCAAGUGCAGACACAUUGUCUGAUUCACUAAGUUUAGCAACAACUGCAACAGGAGGUACUAUAGGAGAGGUGUGGGAACAAAGACAGUAUCCGGUCAUGCCUUUAGGAUGCACUGUGCUGAAAAAUCCGCCUCCAUCAUUCUUAAAUCUUUCUAAUCAAGAUAAGCAACAACCUUCAGAAAAGGAUCUAUAUGAAUUCCUAAAGGAUGCAGAACUAGACCACUAUUACUCCGUACUUACUCGUCAUUUAAAGAUCCGUUCAGUUCAACAAAUUAAAUAUGUUGAAGAUUCUGAUCUUGCAGAACUAGGUUUCAGUCGACCAGAACAACGACGUUUACGUAAACAUUUCAAACGAGAAUGUCCGCAAACUGCUAUGGGAAAGCUAAGAAAGCGCUUAGCUCGAUCCACCAGUGGUCGCUGUGUAUCGCCACGACUCAAAGAUACAUUGGAUGGAUUGUCAUCUCGUAAUCUCAAUGUAUUAUCCAUUUCAUUAGAUAGUACACCAACAUCUGAAGAUGGUGAUUCAAAACGGCGUACACUAUUACUUACACAAAAUUCUAAGUGUCAUGAUGGUAGUAAUAAGUGUUUAACAGACGAUUUGAAUAAUUUGACCAUUAAUGGAAGUACAAAUUAUCGGGUUAUUCAAUCGAAUGAACUUGAAAUUGGAAGUAGUCUUGGUGAGGGAGAGUUUGGAAAAGUUUUUCAGGGUGUUUGGCAUACGGAUACAAGACGUGGUUUACAAGUUGCUAUCAAAAUGAUGGAUAUUAAACAAAUGAAUGAAGAGGAAACAUGUGAUUUUUUAAGUGAAAUAUCAAUUAUGCAUAGACUAGAUCAUCCAGAUAUUGUUCAACUUUUUGGUGUAUGUAUUGAUGCAAAUGUAAUAAAAAUUGUUACUGAACUUGCUCCACUUCGUUCUCUACUAGAAUGUUUACGUGAAUCUGAAUUAAGAUCCAGUUUCUCUGUUCCUGUUUUGCAUAAAUUCUCAAUACAGAUUGCUCGAGGAAUGAGUUAUUUAGAAGAAUGUGGUCUUGUACAUCGUGAUUUGGCGGCUAGAAAUGUUCUAGUCUUUUCAAAAGAUAUUGUAAAAAUUAGUGAUUUCGGUAUGAGCCGUGCUCUUCAACUAGGCAAAUCAUAUUACCAAUCAAAUUUCAAUGUUAAUCUUAAACUUCCAAUUGCAUGGUGUGCACCAGAAUGUAUACAUGAUUUAUUAUUUACUAUACAUUCAGAUAUUUGGGCUUAUGGUAUUACAUUAUGGGAGAUAUUCACUUAUGGAUUUACACCAUGGGCUGGUCUUACUGGUCGACAAAUAUUAGAAAUGAUCGAUACACCACGUUUUGGUCGGUUAGAUCAACCAGAUUCUUGUCCAGAUCCAAUAUACGAUGCUGUGAUGCGAGCAUGUUGGGCACAUGAACCAAAAGCUAGGCCAACAUUUGCCCAAUUACUAGGUAUGCUUCCACGUCUUAGUCCUGAAAUUUGGAUAACCACAAGUGAAUAUCGUCCUGAUGUAGAUUCAAAUUUGGAUACAAUUAGCACCUCAGGUGAAGAAUUCCCAUAUAAUCCUGGUUUUCGUCCACAUGGAACACGUUCAUUAGGUCGUCCAUUGUUUAUUAGAGCAAAUGAAACAGUGUGUGUACUUGGCAAAAGAAGUAGUAACACAUGGAAAGUGGUAAAUUUACGUACGGGCCUUGUAGGUUGCAUUCCAUCGGGAAUUUUAAAACCAUACAAUGCCCCUGGCAAUGAUUCAUCUGUUACUCGCGAUCGUCAAACACUAACUACUAAUAAUACUGCCUCAUCAUCGGCAAAUACUAUGGGGUUAGUAGCGAAAACACGUUUACGUAUGAGUCGAAGAGCUUCAUUAACAGAUUUGGCUUUACGCAAAACUGUUUCUCGACUUAGCAAAUUCAGUUUGAUCAAUCCAAUGGAUAACAGUAGUAGUAGUAUUAAUAGUAAUAAUAAUAAUAAUAAUAAUAAUAAUAAUAAUAGUAGUAUCAGUAGUAGUGGUACAUCACGUUCACGUAUAAAAUUAACUGCAGAUCAAAUAAGUUCACCACAAAAUGAUUUUCGACAUAUUGGUCAUGUUGGUUCAGAUGGUCGAACAUUUGGUGACAUUGGUCUAGUUAGCAAAAUUAUCGAUUUGAAAGAUAAUCUCUCUGAUUCUCAAUCAUUUCACGAUUUCACUGUAUCCGAUGAUAAAUACAAAUCCAAUAAAUCGAAUACUUUGCAAAUUAAUCCUUCAAAUAUUAAAACUUAUCAAGAAACAACAAUGAAACAUAUUUCAUUACCAAUCAAAACUAAUACAUUAGGAAUUGGUGAUUCGUCUUUAACAAAAAAGAGUACAUCAAAGAAAAACAAUCAAACAUCAAAUACUCUCUUGACGAAUUACAAUAAAAUUGUAAAUAAAGAUGAUACAGAUUUAUUAUUCGACGAUAUCAAAUUCAAUGUGAUGUCUGAAUCAAAUGAGUUAGAUUUAGGCUCAUCAUUACUAGAUGAAGUAUUCAAAUGUUUCCCAAUCGAAAAAUCUACUACCAAUGACAAUAUGAAUCAUAAUACUAAUGGUGAUAAAAAGUCAAAUGGUGUUAUUACUACUACUACUACUGCCAUUACUACUAAUGAUGAGGAUAUUAGAGGUCAUUCUAAUUGUGAUGAUUCGCUCCAAAUGAAUGGUACACUUAUUGAUGAUUCUACAAGACCGAAUUCAACUGAUUAUUUUAACAAAAAGGAAUCCCUACUAACCAGUAGUACCAUAUUUAAUAAAACACCAGAUUUGAUUGAACGUGGCAAACAUUCAUCAAAAUCAAAUGGAUUUCGUAUUCCUUCUUUAAUAAAUAAAAUUAAUCGUUUAGAAACAUCGAUGCCACAUACUACUACUACUACGACCACUACAACUACUAUUACUAAUGACAAUCAUAUAAGUAAGAAAAAUAAUCAUACUACUAAUACUUUGGAUUCGUUAACUUCAUCUUAUCAAAUAAAACCAUUGAAUCAUAAUUAUGAACAAUCUAAUGAUGAAUUAAAUGAUUCAACUUAUACUGAUAAUACAAUUAUUGAUGAUAAUCCUGUUGUUAUUAAUGAUGAUGAUAAUGAUGAUCGUCAUCAUAGUCGUCAUCAUCACCAUUUUGAAAACAUGAAAUUGGAUGAUAAUAAAAGGGAGUCAAAAUUUUCAUGGAAACGUAGUUCAUUUGGUAGUUUAACACGUCGUAGUUCAUCAAUAUCAAAAGCAUUGAAUAAAACUAAUGGAUUCAAUCAUUUAGACAAUGAAAAUAAUAAUGAUAAUAAUAAACGAAUAACAAUUAGUAGACCAGUUUUAUUAAGUCGACCAAAUUCAAUUACACAUACAACUUUAAAUCGUCUACCAUCCAAUUCAUCAUCAUCUUCAAUUAUUGGUAAUCUAACUGAACCAAGUAGUUUAGGCAGUUCAACAACAAGUCGUGACAGUUCAUUAACUGUUGUUUCAUCAUCAUACAAUGGUUGCAGUAGUAGUAGUGGUGGUGGUGUUGGUAUCGGCUACGGUCCUAGUAUUGGUGGAUAUACAUCAUCAUUAAAUAAUACUACUGGUCAUGAUGAGACAUCAUUUACAGAACAACAGCAAACUCAACAUCAGCCUUCAAUAUCAUCAUCAUGUUAUUAUGAGACAUCUACAAAUGGGUCACUUUCACCAGCGUCUAGUCUAUCAUCUAUGAUAUCGGCUACAUGUGUUCCAUCCCAUUCAAUGACAUCCAGUAUUUCAAAUUCUAUAAAUAUUAAUAAUUCUACAUCAUUAUGCAAUAAUAAUAAUAAUAGUACAUCAAUUGCACAAGGUUGUCUACGAGCAUUAAGAUCUGGUGAAACAGUAUUUCGUGCGUCAACGAAUACUUCAGCUGGUACAUUGAAUUCACGAAGAAAAGUUAGUACAUCUUCAAGAACAAAUACUCCAAUGUUGUUGACAGAUGAAAGAUCAACAAAUCCAAGAAUCAAAAAUUUAUCACCAACUGUAACACUAGUCAAUUUGUCAACAAAGAAUUCCACUGAUGAUGCUAUUUCUUCAUCAAGUUUAUUAAGGAAGAAAUCCAACUUAUUGUUUAAUCGGGAUAUAUAUCAGUCAUCAUCAUCAGCUGAGCGAAGUCCAAAUCAUUAUUUAACUAAUUCUACUAACAUAACAACUAGCACUAAUACUACUAGUCAUACAUUACAACAACACAAAACUUUAAAUCGUGUAGAUCUAUCACAUUCAUCAUCAUCUUCAUCGUCAAUAUCACCAUUGUCUACACCAUUUUUGGGUGAUUCAAAAGUACAGUGUUCUCAAAUAAAUAAUGUUCAAUCGAAAUUGAGUAGUAGUCAUCCAACAACACCAAAAAUAGACACAACUACACCAAUAAAUGAAAAUAAUGUUAAUGUGUCCAAUAUGGAUUUAAAUAGUGUAAUGGCAUCAUUUUUAAGCAAAGAUUUUGGUAGUUUUCUUGAUAAUGAUACAAAUUUAUGUAACAUGAACAGUAUCAAUGGUGAUGAUAGUAUUGGUCGUGUUCAAUUGAAUAAAAAUCGUGCCCCAUCGAGUUCACAAUCCAAUUUGUCAAAAUCACCAUUCAAAUCAAGUUUAUCUAGAUUAACACAGCAACGUGGAAAUCUACGUCAUGGCAACAAUGAUGAUGAUGUACUCGCUAUUUAAUCAACAUGUGAGCAUUAUCAUCUAUGGAACAUUCAAACUGCACAAUACAUAUGUGAAUCUAAAGAAGUAUAUAUAUAUAUAUAUACUACUACUACUACUACUUAUAAAUAAUUCAUUACAAUUAUUUCUUUCCAUUGCAUUUCCGGGAACAUUUUGUCGAUUAAAUUAAAUGUAACUAUACUAAAUCCAUACAAAAGAAACCAUAUAGGAUUAUGUAUGUGUGUGUGUGUAUGUUUCCUUGUUCGAUUCCUUUAUUGAGCCAACUUUUAUUAUUUAUCAAUCAUUCAAUUUUUUUUCUUUUAAUAUAUAGAAAAUGUUAUUCACCUUAACUGUUUCUAGGGUUGUCUACUAUAGUAAAUAAGAAAUACUUGUUUCUAAGACAUAGUUGAUUAUGAUGUAAUUCUCAGAUAUAUAUAUAUAUAUAUUCUGUAUACGCGUCUUUCUUGAAUAACAACAUUGUACUAUUCUGUAAUACUUAGUCAAUGUUGAUACAGACACAUACAUGCAUACGCACACACACAUUGGCUAUCGUUUUACUCCUUCUAGUGUGCAUUAUUCUGUCACAAUAUUUAUAUAGUCCAUACAAUGAUCUUCAUAUACAUGAAAUUGUAUUUAUUCCUGACAACUUAUUAUACUAUAUACAUAUAUUUAUCAUUUCAAUGGAAUGGUUCUUUUAUGCAUCUAGUGAUUAUUUCUUAUGCCUUAAAGAAAUCCCGGUGGUGUUUGUUACAGUUUUCUUUUGUUGCUGUUUAUGCUAUUUGUGCAAUUUUGUUAUACAUGUUGUAUGUGUGUGUGUGUGCUUAUGUAUCCGCUUGUUUGUGUUUCUUUUAUUUCUUUUGUAUAUCUUUUAAAGGGGAUGAUGAAUUUCUAGGGAUCAGGAUAUGAGUUGUAGCAUAUAUUCAUUUUUCUCUCUCUGUGUCACCGUGGAAGUGUAUAUUUAUAUACUACUGAUUAGUUUUAUUUAUUUAUCAAUUAUAUUCAUUUUCGAGUUAUAAGGAGAUAGGGAAAUCUUUUCCAUUUCUCAUUCAGUGAUGUUUCUUUUAGAGAUAGGAACGGGAACGGUUUUGAUUGUCCGAAUAGUUAGCAACAUCAUUAUUUCUGCAAGAAAGUUUUUUUUCUUCAAUAUAUAUCAAUGCAUAAGCUAUUCACCAUUGAUAUAUGUAAUUUGAUUCCUUGUUGAUGUCAUUGGUUAUUGUCUAUGUUUUCGUUGCAUUUCGUCUUUUCGGUUCGAAGUCUCUUAAUGAUCUUCACCUUUUUGCUUUUUGUUGAUAUUGUCCAAAUCAUUGCCACAUUAAUUUUUUUUUGUUCCCUUAUUGUUCUCGUUUUUGUGUGUGUGUGUGUGUUUUAUUUAAAUCAUUAAAAUAUUGUCAUAUUAUCCUUUUCCCUACGUUUCAUAUUCAUUACGUUUUCUAAUGGCACCAAGAGGUGUUCACACAUUAUAUAUAAAGGGAGAAAGAGAUUAUUCACACACAUACACAUACAAAUCUGUUCCUUUUUUGUUUGUUUUCAAUAUGAAUAGAAACUAGGAAAGAACAUCAUUUUCUAAUUGAUAUCAACAUUUGCAUUUUUUCCGAUUAUUUGCUUCUUGCUUUUUUCUCCCCCCGAGGUAGAUACUGUUCCAUACUGUAAUGAUUUAUAUAAGUGAAGUUAGUGUAUACUGAAGUAAACUAUGUCUUUUAUUCAUGUUGUUGUUGCUAUGGGUAAUCAUGAGGAAGGGAAUUUUUAAUUUAGAAGGUAUUACAUUGUAUUGACUUCAUUCGGGUCAUCCAAAUGGAUUGGACUGUGUAAUUUUUUUUUGGGGGGGGGGUAGUAAAUGUGAAUGGAUUAUAAACUGAAAUGUUAAAUUAAUUAUGUGUUUAUGAUUGGAUUAAUUAUCGUUAAUACAAUAUUAAAUUUAUUUGAGGAAA